CGAUUCUUUAAUAUAAAGCAAAACGCCUAAUUUUCUCUCUCUAAUAACACUUUCACUCCCUAGUAGCAAGCGCAUUCCUCGAGCAUCGAACAAUACGCUUCCUGCAAUUCUAAGAAGAUUUCUUGCUUUUCAUCUGACUCUGCUAUUCCUUUCUUUGCGUUUAGUGAAGAAAAUCAGACAUUAAAAAAUGAGUGGAGAUGUAAUGCCAUGUUAUCUAUCAUAAAUUUAGGUCCUGAAUGUGUAGAAAACAGCUAUGGACAUGGGCCACAGUUUAGAGAAGAGGAGUUCAAUGCAACUACAAAUCUCAGAUGUUGUCAAAGCGGAGGCUCCAUUGCCGUCAGCAGAUAAGAGUUUACAGUUUCAGGACAAAUAUAAGGUUCAACAACCAUUUGGCAACCCAUACAUUGAUCGACAUUGUGAAUUGAGACGGGGUACAAGUAUUGAGCAUGAGAUCCAAUCUAAUUCUUCAGAGAAUAAAGAAAGUUCACGAUCUGGGAGUAAGACAUGUAAAGAUGAUGAACUUGUCAAGCAUAUGUCAAAUUUACCGGAAUUUCUGCAGCAAGUGGAGAAGGAGAAAAGUAUUCAAGAGAAGGCGUUGAACUUUGGAGUUCUUGAUUGGAAGCGUCUGGAGAAAUGGAAGUACAAUGAACACAUGCGUACAAAGGGACAAACGAAAAAGUCACCAUCAUUGAGUAGUUCAGUGUUAAUGCCAAGAGGAACUCAUUCAAAUCUGGGAAAACUACCGUUAUCACAUGGUUUGAAUCCCGAUUCACUCUACAAAGGAGAACAAUUUUCAUCACAUAGUUUGCAUUUUAAUCCAUUGCCUCAUAAUAAACAGCCCCCAGCAAACAUUUCACAUGAUAACUUGUCUCAAAAAGGAGAAAAGAAUGAAGGUGUCAAACGGUACAAAGGAAAGAGCACGUGUAUUGAAGAAGUUCAAGCAGCACGAAGUAGCAGAACUGUUGAUGGGCUGCAAGACAAUUUCUCCGAGACAAUUGAAUCUAAUGGUGGGAGGAGAUAUAUGGGCAAUGGCGAGAAGAAAGAUUCAGACGAAGGGAGACAAUUGGAAAAGGGAACUUUGCCCUUAGACCAGGGUAAAAAUAAGGUCUCACCGUCUUUGUGUGAGACAAUCACUUCUGAUGGGGAAAAGGGUAAGACAGGAGUAGAAGAUGAGGUCAACCUUGCUGACCAAUAUCACCCUGUAGACGCACUGAACAACGUACACCUAGUACCAAAACAUUUCCCAAAGGGGAGUUACUUGGGGAGUUCUCAGUUUAUUAAAUUCAGGGCACCAUUUGAUGGACAAUUGACAGGAUCUAGGACAUUAUUUGAUGGACAAUUAGCGGAAGCAAACGGUAACAGAUUUUCUGAUAGCUUUUCUCCUCAAGGACUCUACUCUGGAGAAUUCUCUGCUGAUAUUCCACAUUCAUGUCCCCUUCAUGUUGGUGUCAUAGAUGAAGACAAAUCUAGCAUGGAACCACAUAACCAGGUUACUUUUCAGCCUAUGAACUUGGAUGCUUGUACAAGUGUGUGUCCGGGUAAGAUGGCUGUCACGCCCAUACCAUCUGAAGCAAAACGUUCAAAAGUGAAAGAAAAAUCAAUUAGACAUUCAUUUUCAGACUCAGUCGAGGAUUCCAGGAGAACAGAUGGGGACAUAGCUGAACAGCCAGCUGUGAAAGGAAGACAUUCCUCUCCUAAUCGCCGAUUCAGCUUCAGCUUUGGGAGGAGGAUCGGUAGGAGCUUUAGUUUCAAGGAGAGCUCUGAGGCUUCACAAUUGAGUUCUACAUAUACUGCUACCGAGUCAUGCUCGGUGAGGCGUGAGGUUUUAUCUGGUGGUACAGAUAAAUGUGAUAGAGACAAGUCAAAUGCUAGUGGCAGAGGGAGGUCCAGCCCUUUACGGAGAUUACUAGACCCAUGGCUAAAGUACAAAGGAGCUCACUCUUCUGAGACUGUUCGUUCACCAGAUGGAAGCUCACAGUCUAUGAUGCAAGCGACUGUCUGUGGACCUGUUCGAGAUAGGAAAGCUGAGACUUCAACUUUGCAGGCCUUUUUGCAGCUUACGUUGAAGAACGGACUUCCAUUUUUCAAACUUGUGGUUGAAAACAGCAGCGAUGUGCUAGCUGCAGUUAUUGAGGGUUUGCCAUCAUCUCGAAAGAGUGAUUACAGCAUAAUUUAUGCAUUCUACUCAGGCCAAGAGAUUAGAAAAAAGAGUGUGAACUGGAUAAAUCAGCGGUCUAAAAGUAAAAGUUGCAGCCUUGGCUAUAAUAUGAUAGGUCAGAUGAAGAUUUCAAGCUCCUGUCUUCAGGGAAUAAAUAUGAAGGGCUCUAUUAGAUGUGUCUUAAGAGAAUGUGUAUUGUAUAGUGUUGAUCCGGGGCAGGUGGAUAACCAAACCCAGGAAUAUUUGCUGAACAGGGAGAUUGCAGCCAUUGUUGUUAAGAACUCAAUUGAGAAGCUUAAUGAUGUGAAUUUAAGUGACAGUAGCAGACAGCGUAUGAAGAGUGAAUUUACACAUUGUUCAUCAGGGGUUAGUUAUGACCCCGAAGAUGAUGGAAACUCUAAUAGCACAGUAGUCAUUCUUCCUAGUGGUUGUCAUGGCAUACCAAUCAAAGGUGCGCCUUCAUCGUUAAUAAACCGAUGGGAAUCUGGUGGAUCGUGUGAUUGUGGAGGGUGGGAUGUCGGUUGCAAGCUUCGAAUUCUUACCAACCGUAAGAAAAACAGCAAAAUUCUUGAAGCAUCCAUGCCCAGCUCUGCAAUUGAUCAUGUGAAACUUUAUCUCCAGAACGGAGCACGAGAGAGCAAGUCUGUGUUCAGCUUGAAACCGUUGGAAAAUGGACUUUACUCUGUCAAAUUCGAUGCGUCAAUUUCUUUGUUAGAGACAUUUUCUACAUGCGUAGCAGUCAUAACGUGUCAGAAAUUUUCUGACAUCUUGGACAUGAAUAUUCAACCGCAAGAAGAGCAUUUACGGGAAGCAAUGGUCCCAACCCGAGUCCAAGAGCAAUUUCCAGCGAAGUAUGUGACAUGCCCACCCCCAUCACCGGUUGGAAGAAUGUAGUGGCUGGAGUCAAAUGAUCGGCAUUUGGAUAAUUGGGCUUUGAGUAAAUAAGGCAACAGGUCAGCCUCUCGAACAGUUUCAACGUUUUCCAAUUGUAAUUAGGUGACUUGAAGGAAAAUCCAAAAACCAUGCACGACUUACGUAACCUCUUUAAGUCUGUAUCAAUUGUUAUUGACGUAGAGUUGCACUUUGUGUUGGAAAUAAUAUCACUCGAGGCUCUAUAGGAAAAGAGAAUAUAGAGAAAUGCUUUAUUGAGGAGCUGCAUAUCCAGGUGUGCCGGCUAAAAUUCUGACAAAUUGAAUCUUUUGUGAACCUGUUUUCUUAAUUCUUAGUAAGUACCAUCAUGUAAAUGUAUAUUAAAUCUACUGGGAAUUGAUGGUUCUUUUCGAAAAUUCUAUUGUUUGAUGAAGAAAGGAGAAAUUUGUAUUGAGCCCAAGUGAACGUAAGAUGAUGGAGUUGCCGUUCUGAUCCACUAUAUUCUACUCAACCUUUAUCCUUUCUUGUA